AUGAAAAAUUAAAAGAAGAAAGGAAAUGCUGCGGCUGGGGUAGAAGAUACUCAGACUACCUAAACAGAGGCUAGCACUACUUUCCAAUAUUCUCAUAGGGGCGAGCCGAACAAUAAAGACAUACUGCUGAGUAAGUAUGGCUCUGUCUCAGAUGUAGACAAGUUUAAGUUGCUCUAGAACCAGCACAUAGAAGACUAUGAUGAUGACGAGGCAUCAGAUGACAAUAAUGUGCUAAUCACAGAAGAGGAUGGCUAGAAGAAAAAGAAAAGAAAAAGAAAGAAGAGAAAUAAGAAGAACAAGAAUAAGGAAGCUGCUGAAAACCAUUUGCAAUAAGAAUAACAAUAAAACCCCCUCAAACUCGAUAUCAAUCGAAAUGACUUGUAAGAUAUAAUAGAAAUCUUCUUAACAGAGAAUAUUAGAUUUGCAGAUAGUGAUUAGAGUGAAGAUGAAGGAAUAGCUGAUUAUAAGAUUGGAGGUUAUCACCCAGUGCAUGUGGGAGAAAUUAUGGUUGAUAGAUAUGUGAUUGUUUAAAAACUAGGAUGGGGACAUUUCUCUACUGUUUGGCUAGCUAGAGAUUUGAAGUUUAAUACAUUUGUAGCGCUUAAAGUUCAGAAAUCAGCCCAGCACUAUUUAGAAGCUGCAUACGACGAGGUUGAAAUUCUUGAUGUCAUAGCUAGGAAUACUGAUAACCCCGAGUGGAUUAAAUCUAUCUUGCAUUAUUACAAGAAUGAGCCUGAGAAACUCAUGAGUGGGCCAGUCAGUGAUAAUUGCCAUAAUGUUAUGCUCCUAAAUUCAUUUAUGUAUGAUGGGCCUAAUGGCAGACACUUCAUUAUGGUUUUUGAAAUACUAGGAGUUAAUUUGCUAGAAAUUAUGAAGAGAUACGACUAUAAGGGCAUCCCUAUUCCAUUAGUCAGAAGAUUAGCAAAGCAAAUUUUAAUUGGUUUAGACUAUUUACACAGAAUUUGCAGGAUUAUUCAUACAGAUUUGAAACCAGAAAAUGUGAUAGUCAGUCUAUCAAAACAAGAACUUGAAGAAAUCAUGAAAAGAGGUUCGCUUUCUACUGUCAAUAAGACCAUUAAGACUCAUGAUGUAGCUCAAAAUAACUUCUUCUUGCCCAAAUCCUUUAUUUAGCAAAACCCAUAACCUACUCUUCUUUAAAACGUUGACACCACAGGCAUGACAAAAUAAUAGAAGAAAAAGCUAAAAAAGAAGAUAAAGAAGAACUAAAAUCAUGACGGAUGCCCAGCUACCAAUGCUAACACAGAUGAAAUUGCCAACUAAUAUUAGGAAAUUUAACAUUAAGAAAACGCUCUGAGAGAAAGAGAGAACAAGCACAAGCAACUAUUUGGGUCAAAUAGCAUCCUAGGUAAACUUGAUGAAAAUGAGAUUGAAAGACCCCGCAGUCAUUCAUUGCCAAAUAGACAAUAUAACCCAGAUAUAAAUGAUUAUCAAUUUGCUAUAGAUAGAGAUUUCAAUCAAGAGUUACAGCAGUAUUUCCAAUUGAAGAAAGAGAUUCAAAAAUUAAAGAUGAAAGAGCAACAAUCAGAGACAGAAUCUAAGCCAGAGUAAAGAGAUAAGGUUCAUGAACGCGGACCAUUAAUUGAUGAGAAUGUAAAUGUUAAAAUAUGUGAUCUUGGAAAUGGCUGCUGGACACAUUUCCAUUUUACUCAAAGAAUCUAAACACGCCAAUAUCGUAGCCCAGAGGUGAUGCUAGGAAUCGACUAUGACACCUCAGCUGAUUUAUGGUCAUUUGCUUGUAUGGUAUUUGAGCUUAUUACAAGUGAUUUCCUAUUCGAACCAAGAAAAGGGCCUACCUAUGGAAAGACUGAUGAUCAUUUAGCUUAAAUGAUGGAAUUAUUGGGACCUAUACCUCGCAAAUUUGCUACUGCAGGCAAGCAGUUUGAAAAGUAUUUCGGUUACAAUGAAUUCACUGGUCGUUUCACUUUUAAAAAUAUUCAAGGUCUCUAAUACUACCCUCUAAAGAAUUUAUUGAUUGAAAAGUACAGACUAAAGAUUAAUGAAGCUGAACAACUAGCUGAUUUCCUUUUGAAAAUCCUGAAAUGGGAUUUGAAAGAUAGAGCAACUGCUUAGGAACUUUUGGAUCAUCCUUGGCUAUCAAUGGCAGAUGAUUAUAAUUAUAAGAUGAGUGACUUAGAGUACAAAAAGUACAAGUUGAAGUAGAGUAUCGAGUCAGCAAAUGAAGACUUCUUAAAUCAAGAGGUCCGCACUAAGAAAAAGAGCAAUAUGCCAGAUAAUUUUGUUGGCUAGAGAAAGUUUGAAUGCAAUGUGAGUGAAUUAGGAGAUAGUGAUUCAGAUAUUCAUGGAGGGGAUAGAGAAGACAAUGUUACUCUGAAUUCAGAUGAUGAUUUGGACAAGAGUCUUAGUUUAGAUGGAGAUAGUGCCAGAAGAAAGCUAGAAGACGACGAAUUCAACCUGAAUAUCUCAUUCUGUGGAGGAUAUGUGCCCAAUACUGACCUCACUAGAGUUGAUAAAGGACAAGGAAACCCCUAAUUCUCAGGACUCUAGAUCAAAGUCUGA